UCAGCAACGUUUUCGUCAAGUUCAGGAGGCUGAUUAAACAUGAGGGACCGAAGGCAGAGUCUCCUAAGUCGCAAACGAGGUGUAUCUCUUCUCUGAAUUCCAAUCUCCUAGCUACCACUUCUAUGCUGUCCCCUUCUUGCCCAGAGCUUUCCCCAGGAUCUCAUGCAGCUGCAAGAUCAAUCUCGCUCUGGUCCGCAUAGCCGCAGUUCCCACCAAGCAUGAUCAAUCGGCGCCGCCUCAAGCCCCGGGACUGUGUGGAGAAUCAUUGACGACGAGGUGUAUUGAGUUGACAUGGCACCGCCUAAGAACCGAAUACGCAAAUUCCACCGUCGCAGCAAGAACGGUUGCUCGACGUGCAAGCAGCGUCAUGUACGAUGUGACGAGCGCAAGCCUUUGUGCACAAACUGUCUGCAGACCGGCAAGGACUGUGUAUAUCCAGACGUUGAACCUGACGAGGAGUCUCAAUCAGGUUCUCUUCCAGAGUCUCGAUCUGGGUCCGAGCUCACCGUCGUCCCGGCUGAAGAAGCCUCCAUCAUCACCAACGUCGUGUCAAACCAGCCAUUUGCCGGCUUCUCAUGCGAUUACCAGAUGUCGGCAAUGUCACAAUGGCUCUGGCACCAAUUCACUGCCUUUUACGUCAGAGGUCAGACUCCGGUAGAAAGGGGACAGAACCUAUGCAGCGUACAAAGGACACUUCUGCAUCCGGGCCUGCUUCAUGGCUGCCUCGCCGUUGCAGCUUGCCAAUGGGCAUGGGUUACUGGAUCCCUUGAACACGUCAAGGUGCCGUUUCUCUAUCAUAAGACAGCCGCCUAUGAGUUUGCGAAGCAGCAACUCUCCGAGUCUGAGGAAACCGUCAGCGACACAGCCAUUUUUGCUAUAGCCAGCCUGGCACUCACCGAGGGAGCGGUUGGGGACUUGGACGCUUCUUCGAAGCACCUGCGCGGUCUUCACAGACUAACUCUCAGGAAGAACGGCUACAACUUGAUGAGAUCGAAUCUAGCGCAACAGAUGCUGCAGAUGGCUGGCGAUCGCCUACGUCUAGGAGAAGUCAAUGUGAUCCACGAUGCCAUUAGUGCUGAUUUCCAGCCCAGUAUCAUCGCCUUGCUAUUCACUUCACUGUGGGAUAUGGAAAGUCUCCCGCCGCGGCAAGCACCGAGAUACGGAUGGUGGGAAGGUGACGAGACACCCACGGACAGGCUCUGGCAGGACUAUACCAAAAACCUAAACUGGGAGCUUUCCCGUGGAUUCGAUCCAGAGCGCAACAUAGCGACGAUGCUCAACGGCGACGCAAAGAGCAGCAGGGCGAGCUACAUUGCCACCUUCUUCUACCUCGUCAUGGCGGUCAACGACAGCGAAAUGGAUUGCGUCCUAACCGUGUGGUUGCUGGAACAGCUCAUUGACGAUGUUUGCGACAAGGAGGAGGAAAUGAUUGCCGGGACGUUCAGUCGCAGCCUUUGGUUAUGGAGCGUCCUGUUCGGAGCUGCUGUGGCUUACACGGGUAGGCCAAUUACCGCAACGGGCAGAGAGCAACUCGCGAGGUGGACAGAGUUGUACGCUGCGAAAUUGAGCUUGGCCAGCAACGUACUGCAGCUCGACAGCUGGCACGACGCGAAGACAGUCCUGGCGGAAGUUGCCUGGACUGAAGGCUCAGAUGCUGAGGGGAGAUUACAAGACAUAUGGGAAGCAGCCGUCUUGCGUCGUAAGGGCUCUGCACAUCGUGUCCAUGAAGUGGGCGUGACGACGUCGGUGGCUGAAAGUCAAUAACAACACGGCUAGAAGAUCUUCCAGCUUCCGAAUCGCCGUGCUCAGUGCCCUCCAAUCGGCAGCACCAUUUCGACAGAAAGAAAUACGCUGAUGUAUAUCCCCGUACAUGACAUCGCCGACUGCACACCGGAGCAACGUUUUGUCGAGAUCCGGUGUCAAGUUUUCGGUGACCUAGAGGCUGGCGACCCUGGCUUGAGUCAGAAAGCCGGUACACCGAGAUUUAGAUCGGCGUUUUAGGUAGGGGAUGAUGCUCUGCAACACCCAGUUUGUCGUAGCGCAGACGGGCGGCUUCAUAUCCGAAACUUGUUUUUUUUCCUUCUCACAGUGAAAAACUAGCAGCUGAAGAAAGAUCCACCGACUGGUAUCUCUUGAUCUCCGGUUCGUGUCGGCGACGGCGGCGAGGCGCAAGGGCAAGAUCGCCAUGAUUGCCAAUUGCCUCACGUUGUGUUAAAGGGGGAUUUCGACUCGGCAGCAUCUACCGAGGGACGAGCGUGACAGAGUUCAAUGGUGUGGUAAAGACGACUAGGAUGAGCCGAGUAAAAUGUGCUCCUCCUGCGACCGGGCUCGAUGGGGAAGUGUGGGAAGGGAAGCUGCCGAACGGGAGGUUGGAACUCUGCCGGCACGGAUGGGUCAGCAGUGGAUACUCAUGUACUGAUCAUCAUGCUUGAAUAUCCAAGGACACUCACGUGCAAGAGUUGGGUCAAAGAGUUAUGAAGCCUUUGAUGCAAAAUGGUAGUAAAAUGCUGGAGGGGGGAAAUGAAGGAAGGAAGGUGGUUUCAUCGUACAUCUGCCUUAUUGUCCCAACAAGAGGUAUCUACUGACUGUAUCCGUAAGUACCGGUGAUUAGACAAUUAAGGUAAGAUGGGUUGAAAGGCGGCAAGCUAUGGCGCUGGUCUGAGGCUGCGGGUGGCUUGCGUCAAGCUAAGUGCCGUUUGUUUGUUUUAUCCGUACGGACGGGACGUUGUAGACGACUCUGAAAACGGACAGCGCUACCGCAUGGCGCAUCGUGGCUUCCCCAAUGCCAUGUGUCUUAGUCUUUUGCUCUUGCACUUUACCUUACCACCUUACAUAAGGAACUUCAUCUGAGAGUCUGGGACAGAAGGCAACAACCUUGCACACACUCUCGCGAUCUCGACUUCCAAUGUCAACGUCUCGUCGUCUGCGUCCAUCGCCAAGGUCUUUUCUCCAUCCCAUCGUCAAUGCUCUCCACUCGACGACGGGCGCCUCCGUCUCACGUCUCUCGCUGUCCCCUCGUCCCGUAUUCCGUGUCAACGUCAGCUCAUCAGCCAUUUCGCAUUAAACCCCCUUGAACUGCCACACGCCAGUGGUUCCCCGCGUCUCAAGCUCAUGCUGGCCUCAAAGUCAACAA